CCCGGAUGUAGUCCCGAACCACUUCCACCGUCAACACACACACACACAAACACCGAGCUGUCCGGUCUCUCCGUUGAUAUCAAGUCGUUUUUACACGACAACCAUGCCGGCUCCCGACAAAGAAAUCGAUCUGACGGAGAGAAUCGAGGCGUUUCUGUCCGACCUGAAGCGCGGGGGCAGCGGGACGGGGCCGCUGCGCGGCUCGGCGGAAAUGGCCCGCGAGACGACCGCCCUGCUGCGCAGGAUCGCCGCCCAGGCGCGGUGGAGCAACGCAGGCGAUCUGAUGGAAAUAAUCCGUACGGAGGGGAGGAGAAUGACUGCCGCACAGCCCUCAGAGACCACCGUGGGUAACAUGAUCAGACGGGUGCUGAAGAUCAUCAGAGAGGAGUAUGCCAGAUCUCGAGGCAGCAGUGAAGAGACGGACCAGCAGGAAUCCCUCCACAAGCUGCUGACCUCAGGAGGACUCAGCGAGGAGAACUUCAGACAGCAUUUCGCGGCACUCAAAGCGAACGUCAUCGAGGCCAUCAAUGAGUUGCUGACUGAGCUCGAGGGGACGACCGACAACAUCAAGAUGCAGGCCCUGGAGCACAUCCACUCCAACGAGGUCAUCAUGACUAUCGGCCGCUCUCGCACCGUGGAGGCCUUCCUCAAAGACGCCGCGCGCAAGCGCAAGUUCCACGUCAUCGUGGCGGAGUGCGCCCCCUUCUGCCAGGGACACAAGAUGGCCACCAGUCUCUCAGAAGCCGGCAUCGAGACAACCGUGAUCACGGACGCCGCCAUUUUUGCGGUCAUGUCCCGCGUCAAUAAGGUCAUCAUCGGUACGCAGACGGUUCUGGCAAACGGGGGUCUGAGGGCCGUCAACGGGACGCACACCCUGGCGCUUGCAGCGAAGCACCACUCGACGCCGCUGAUCGUUUGUGCUCCCAUGUUCAAGCUCUCGCCUCAGUUCCCCAACGAAGAAGAUACCUUCCACAAGUUUGUCUCCCCGCACGAGGUUCUUCCUUUCACGGAAGGUGAGAUACUCUCCAAGGUGAACGUGCACUGUCCGGUGUUUGACUACGUCCCACCUGAGCUCAUCACGCUGUUCAUCUCCAACAUCGGAGGACAUGCACCGUCGUACAUCUACCGACUGAUGAGCGAGCUUUACCACCCAGAAGACCAUGAGCUUUGACCUUCAUCAAAUAUAGUAAAUAAAGUUUGAAGCGGUCA